AUUUAACAAUGGCAAUUGAAUUUAUGGUCGAACAUAACCUAUAAUUCUCCACUGCAGGCUAUUUCAUGACUAGAAAAAGUUGUAAUUAAAUUAAAAAAUGACUUUAAUAAAUAUAUAUCGUAUAGCAAAUCUAUCAAAGGUUUUAAAAAAAUUAAAUGUUUGUCAAAUUCAGCCAUAUUCUUCCCAUACAAAAUUUGCUGAGCACAAACCUUUAGAGAGAAUAAGAAAUAUAGGUAUCUCGGCUCACAUAGACUCAGGGAAAACUACUCUUACAGAGAGAAUAUUAUUCUACACAGGUCGGAUUGAUGCUAUGCAUGAGGUAAAAGGUAAAGAUAAUGUAGGGGCAGUUAUGGAUUCAAUGGAGUUGGAACGUCAAAGAGGCAUAACCAUUCAAUCCGCUGCAACAUACACAAUUUGGAAAGAUCAUAACAUCAACAUCAUUGAUACACCCGGCCACGUAGACUUUACGGUGGAAGUUGAAAGAGCACUACGUGUAUUAGACGGUGCAGUAUUAGUACUCUGUGCGGUUGGAGGAGUACAAAGUCAAACGUUAACUGUUAAUAGACAAAUGAAACGGUACAAUGUACCAUGUCUUGCUUUUAUUAAUAAGCUGGAUAGAUUAAGUGCUAAUCCAAAUAGAGUAUUGAAACAAAUGCGUUCCAAGCUGAAUCAUAAUGCAGCUUUUCUUCACUUACCCAUUGGUUUAGAAAAAGAUUGUCAAGGUAUAUUAGAUCUUGUUCAAGAGAAGGCGAUGUACUUUGAUGGUGAUUACGGUGAGAAAGUCCGUUUGGAUGAAAUACCUCAAGACAGAAGAGCUGAAGUUCAGGAGAAACGUCAUGAAUUGAUAGAGCAUUUGUCAAAUGUGGAUGAGAAAUUGGGUGAAUUAUUCUUAGAAGAAAAAACGCCUACAAUCGAUGAUUUGAAGCAGGCAAUUCGUAGAACUACUUUGAAACGUGUUUUCACACCAGUACUUCUCGGCACAGCUUUAAAGAAUAAAGGUGUACAACCAUUAUUAGAUGCGGUACUUGAAUAUCUGCCACAUCCUGGCGAAGUGGAGAACACAGCUAUACUGAAUGAGAAGAAAGAUACUGAAGGACAAAAUAUAUUACUAGAUCCAAGUAGAAAUGAUAAGAAACCAUUUGUCGGUUUAGCCUUUAAGUUAGAAUUGAGCAAAUUUGGACAAUUAACUUAUUUGAGAUGUUAUCAGGGUAUGUUGAAGCGUGGUGAUAAUAUUUUUAACGCUAGGACAGGGAAAAAGGUGAAAGUGUCUCGUUUAGUUCGAAUGCACUCUAACAAUAUGGAGGAAGUGAACGAAGUGUUGGCGGGCGAUAUAUUCGCUUUGUUUGGUGUAGAUUGCGCGUCCGGUGACACGUUUGUAAAUGAUGGCAAAUUAAACCUAUCAUUGGAAUCUAUACAUGUACCAGACCCAGUUGUCUCCAUGUCAAUUAAACCAAGGAAUAAUAAAGAUAGGGAUAACUUCUCCAAAGCCGUAGCAAGGUUUACCAAAGAAGAUCCAACAUUCCACUUCCGCUAUGACGGUGACAACAAGGAGACGAUAGUGUCAGGCAUGGGAGAGUUGCAUUUAGAGAUUUACGCUCAGAGAAUGGAAAGAGAGUACAAUUGUCCAGUUGAGUUGGGAAAACCCAAAGUUGCCUUUAGAGAAACGAUGAUGUCUCCAUGUUCAUUUGACUACUUGCACAAGAAGCAGUCAGGAGGUGCGGGACAGUAUGCAAGAGUUAUUGGUAUUAUGGAGCCUCUACCUCCACAACAGAACACUAUGUUAGAAUUCGUCGACGAAACGAUAGGUACAAACGUACCCAAGCCAUUCGUGCCGGGCGUACAGCGCGGGUUCAUAGACACGUGUCAGAAGGGCUACCUGUCCGGACACAAGAUAUCCGGCGUCAAGUUCCGGCUUCAGGAUGGUGCUCAUCACAUCGUCGACUCCAGCGAGCUGGCCUUCUUCCUCGCCGCUAAGGGAGCUGUUAAAGAUGUAUUCGACAACGGCAGCUGGCAGAUCCUGGAACCUAUAAUGUUUGUGGAGGUGACGAUGCCUGAGGAGUUCCACGGCACGGUGAUAGGACAGCUGAACAAGAGGGGCGGCAUCAUCACCGGCACUGAGGGCUCGGAGGGCUGGACCACAAUCUAUGCUGAAGUACCUCUCAAUAAUAUGUUCGGAUAUGCCGGCGAAUUGAGAUCAAUGACACAAGGCAAAGGUGAGUUCAGUAUGGAAUACAGUCGCUACUCGCCGUGUCUGCCCGACGUGCAGGAACAACUCAUCAGGAAGUACCAGGAGGAGAUGGGCAUAUUGCCCGACCAGAAGAAGAAGAAAAAUUAAA